AGGCGGGCCCUCGCUAUCGCCUCGUGCAAGAGGAUGCGAGCUGUGAACAGUUAAGCACCGGUCGUCGGCUCGAGUGCUCGCCACUCCGUUUCUCGCUACUCGACCGAGAAAUUCUUUUUCUCGUUAUCGUUAUCGUUGACGCAUCUAUUAUUCUUAUCUGCAAUUAUUACUUUAUCGUCGUAUUUUUAACUGUUUAUCGAACCCGAUAUCUCGAAGCUCCCGACAUGUUAUAGCUCGUUCGUGGGAUAUUAUUUAUCGGAAGCUCGAUCGAAUUCGCGACGAACGAGCGGAAAAUAUUGAUAAAUCGUUACGUAAAUAAUAGUUGUCCAAGGAGUAAACCGGUUUGCAAUCCCGCGAAAGACGAGUGUCAAUCGAAUGGACGCGAUCUCCAAGAUGAUACGGAUUCGAGCAAUAACGUUAUGCAUCUGUUUGACAGUGUUCGUGGUCGGUCAUGUGGCCGCUGUUCCCGCGCAGCCGCAUAUCGUGUUUAUCCUUGCCGACGAUUUGGGAUGGAACGACGUCGGGUUUCACGGAUCGGGUCAAAUUCCGACGCCGAACAUCGACGCACUGGCAUACUCGGGCCUGUUGCUGGACCGGUACUAUGUCAGCCCGAUCUGUACCCCGUCCAGGAGCGCUUUGAUGACCGGCAAACAUCCUAUUCAUACGGGGAUGCAGCACGCGGUUCUGAAAUGCGCCGAGCCGAGAGGAUUGCCUCUCCACGAGAAACUGUUGCCGGAAUACCUUCGAAAUCUCGGUUACAGCACGCACAUGGUAGGUAAAUGGCACUUGGGAUUCUACACGAAGGAAUACACGCCCUUGUACAGGGGAUUCGACUCGCACAUAGGUUUCUGGAGCGGCCACCAUGAUUAUUUCGAUCACAGUGCCGUGGAAGAACCGUACUGGGGAUUGGACAUGAGGAGAGGAUUGGAGCCAGCCUGGGACCUCCACGGCCAAUAUUCGACGGACAUCUUCACGAAGGAGGCUGUGAAACUGAUCGACAAUCACAACACCAGUCGUCCGAUGUUCCUCUACUUGUCCCACGCCGCAGUCCAUUCCGGAAAUUCUUACAACCCUCUGCCUGCACCCGACCAUGACGUCGCCAAGUUCACCAACAUCUUCAACUACAACCGUAGACGCUUUGCUGGCAUGCUGAGCAAGCUAGACGAGUCGGUCGGCCUAGUGGUGGAAGCUUUGCGGAAGAAAAAGAUGCUGGAGAACAGCGUGAUCGUGUUCUCCACGGAUAAUGGGGGCCCUCCGGCCGGUUUUAACCUAAACGCUGCCUCGAAUUGGCCCCUGAGGGGCACAAAAAACACUCUCUGGGAAGGUGGCGUCAGAGGAGCCGGUCUUGUGUGGUCGCCGAAGCUAAUAAAGCCUGGAAGAGUCGGCAGGCAAUUGAUUCACAUCAGCGACUGGUUACCGACCCUGUUAACAGCUGCCGGUGGAGAUCCAUCGAACCUGACCAUCGACGGUAUGGAUAUGUGGCACGCGUUGAGCGAGGACACGGAAUCGCCGAGGAAAAUGGUCCUCCACAAUAUCGACGACAUCUUCGGAAUUGCCGGGAUCACGUACGGCGAUUGGAAAUUCAUUCAGGGGUCUACCUAUAACGGUCAAUGGGACGGUUGGUACGGUCCCUCAGGGAGAGAGUGGGUGUACGACGUCGGAGGGGUGAUCGGGAGCGUGGCCGGUCGAGCGGUGGCCAGCGUGGGCUUGUCUUUGUCCGCGGAUAAUAUUCGAAAGCUUCGAGAGGACGCCAUGAUCAAGUGUCCCCCGAGAAAUGACAACCUGCCGUUGUGCAAACCGUUGGAGGCCCCUUGCUUGUUCAACGUCCGCCAGGAUCCCUGCGAGGACAAUAACGUUAUAGAGAAGUAUCCAUCCGUUGUGUCCGAUCUGAAAGAGAGGCUACGCGCGUUAAACGCGUCCGCGAUAUUACCUGGUAACCUCCCCUGGGACAAGAGGGCAAAUCCAGAUUACUGGGACCACACGUGGACUAAUUUCGGUGAUUACUUGAACGUGUUCGCGAAUAACGUCAGUUGAAGGUGGAACUUUUGCAUAAACCGAUGAACCGUCGUCGAGGAAAAAGUGUCCAUCGAUCGUGUUAUCGCGUUAUCCCGUCGAAUCGUGAUUUCCUUCUUCUUCCCUUCUUAAUUCUAUUCUUCUAAUUCGUUCGCAGCCUCCUUUUUCUCCCCGAUCCGAUUUCUUAGGUCACUGCGAGAAAAAUAAAGUGAACGGCACGGAAUUAUAAA